AUGACAGCUGCUAGCUCGAACAGCGGCGGUGACGGCGGUAGCGGAAGUGGCAGGGGCGCUGCCGCCGCCACAAAAAAGCCUGGUAUCGCCAAUGCCGUGCCCCCACCAAGGAAGAAUCCGCAUUUACUUCGUUUGGCGACCUUUUACAACACGCGCAUUCCACUGGGCAUCCGCGAAUUUGUGUUUUUAGGCCCGUUGCUCAUCAUAACUUUCGGUAUCGCGUAUUACCUUCCAGCGCUAGCGCCCGUCGAGAAAUUUACGCAGGGGAUCACACCCAACACGAAGCCCAUGACAGAUUACGUACUGGAGCCCAUUUAUGAUGAACAUGGGGGGUUGAAGGGGUACCGUCGCAUCCUUCGGCAGCAAGCUGAGAAAGGGGGGACUGCGUAG